UGUGGGAAGGGAUUCACUCAGACAGCGAGCCUACUGAGACACCAGCGAGUUCACACAGGGGAGAAGCUGUUCACCUGCUCAGAACGUGGGAAGGGAUUCACUCGGUCAUCUGAUCCGCUGGCACACCAGCGAGUUCACACUGGAGAGAGGCCAUUCACCUGCUCAGACUGUGGGAAGGGAUUCACUUGCUCAUCUCAACUGAAGGUACAUCAGCGAGUUCACACUGGAGAGAGGCCAUUCACUUGCUCAGACUGUGGGAAGACCUUCACUCAAUCAUCCAACCUACAGAUGCACCAGCGAAUUCACACAGGGGAGAGGCCGUUCACCUGCUCUGACUGUGGGAAGGGAUUCAUUCAGGCAGCUAGCCUACUGAAACACCAGCGAGUUCACACUGGGGAGAAGCCAUUCACCUGCUCAGAAUGUGGGAAAGGAUUCACUCGGUCAUCUGAUCUGCUGGCACACCAGCGAGUUCACACUGGGGAGAGGCUGUUCACCCACUCAGAACGUGGGAAGGGAUCCUCUCAGUCAUCUGAUCCGCUGGCACACCAGCGGGUUCACACGGGAGAGAGGCCAUUCACCUGCUCAGACUGUGGGAAGGGAUUCACUUGCUCAUCUCAACUGAAGGUACAUCAGCGAGUUCACACUGGAGAGAGGCCUUUCACUUGCUCAGACUGUGGGAAGACCUUCACUCAAUCAUCCAACCUUCAGAUGCACCAGCGAAUUCACACUGGGGAGAAGCCAUUCACCUGUCCAGACUGUGGGAAGGGAUUCACUCAGGCAGCUAGCCUACUAAAACACCAGCGAAUUCACACUGGGUAGUGGCGGUUCACGUGCUCAGAUAUUAGGAAGAGGUUCUCUCAGCCAAAUCAACCGAAUGUGCAUCAUUGAGUUCACACUGAGGAGAGGCCAUUCACCUGCUGUGAAUGUGGGAAGGGAUUCACUCAGUAAUCUAACCUUGUGACACACUACCGUGUUCACACUGGGGAGAAAGUUUCAAUAAGCUGCAUGUCGGAUAUUUGUCCAUUACCGUUGCUGAAUGCAAUUUCGAGAGUGACUGUCGGUGCUGAACUCUGCAAUUAUUGCUGCUGCUCACCACACCCAGUUCUGCACCCUGGUCACUGGGCACGGGAAGAGUUCCUUCUGCUGCAUAUUCACCUUUAAUGGGACUGGAGUUUAAUAUUCUGGAUCUGAGACAAAUAAAACAGUUCUAUUUUAAACUCUGUCUCCGGUACUUGAUGAAUUUAUAACACACCUAGUGUACAGUAGAGAGUCAACUCAGGCCGGCUGGACCCUGCCAGUGAUUCUGUUCCACGACAGUCCUUUAAAUCCUCUCACUCCCCAGCUCUUGCCCCAUCCCCACCCCUCACCUCUUUUCUCUGAC